GCGGGGGGAGCGGCGCCGCGGCGGGAGAUUACUUCAGUUUUCAGCUCUCUGUGCGGACAUGGUAACUGAACAGUGGCUUUCAGCGACGGGCAGACGGGGACAGCUGCUCCGGAGAGGCUAGCAGGAACAGCCUGGUAGGGUCCAUCUCGGAUAGACGCGGAUGAUGCCAGAGCUAUGACAGGGAUUGCAGUCUUGGCACUGAGGGGUGAUCAAUUAUGGAACAACUACAGGAGGAAGUACCUGAGGUCAGGGAAGAGGAGGAGGAAGAGGAAGAGGCAGUGAUGGUGGCAAGCGGAGCCUCGGACCCAAGUGGAGGACCAGACAGCUCGCUGCCUUCGAGCAGUUACACAGACCUUUCGCAAAGCUCCUCUCCCUCCCUGUCGGACCAACUGCAGAUGGGCUGUGAGGAGGCGGCCUUGGGAGCCCUGAACGUGGAGUGCAGGGUCUGCGGAGACAAAGCCUCGGGGUUUCACUACGGCGUGCACGCCUGCGAGGGCUGCAAGGGUUUCUUCCGCCGGACGAUCCGCAUGAAGCUGGAGUAUGAGAAGUGCGAGAGGAGCUGCAAGAUUCAGAAGAAGAACCGGAACAAGUGCCAGUACUGCCGCUUCCAGAAAUGCCUCUCACUGGGCAUGUCACAUAACGCAAUCCGCUUUGGCCGCAUGCCAGAGGCAGAGAAGAGGAAGCUGGUGGCAGGGCUGACGGCGAGUGAGAUCAGCUGCCAGAACCCUCAGGUGGCCGACUUGAAAGCUUUCUCCAAGCACAUCUACAACGCCUACCUGAAAAACUUCAACAUGACCAAAAAGAAGGCGAGAGGUAUCUUGACCGGGAAGGCCAGCAGCACCCCACAGCCUUUUGUGAUCCACGACAUGGACACCUUGUGGCAGGCAGAAAAGGGGCUGGUCUGGAAACAGCUAGUGAAUGGCAUUCCGCCCUACAAGGAGAUCGGGGUGCACGUCUUCUACCGCUGCCAGUGCACCACGGUGGAGACUGUGCGGGAGCUCACCGAGUUCGCCAAGAGCAUCCCCAGCUUCAUAGACCUCUACUUGAACGACCAAGUGACUCUGCUGAAGUACGGGGUGCACGAGGCCAUCUUCGCCAUGCUGGCCUCUAUCAUGAACAAGGAUGGGCUGUUGGUGGCCAACGGGAACGGCUUUGUGACCCGUGAGUUCCUGCGUAGCCUGCGCAAGCCCUUCAACGAGAUCAUGGAGCCCAAAUUUGAGUUUGCUGUGAAGUUCAACGCGCUGGAGCUGGAUGACAGUGACCUGUCUCUGUUUGUGGCUGCCAUUAUCCUGUGCGGAGACCGUCCUGGCCUGAUGAACGUGAAGCAGGUGGAGGAGAUCCAAGACAACAUCCUGCGAGCGCUGGAGUUUCACCUGCAGUCCAACCACCCGGAUGCCCAGUACCUCUUCCCCAAGCUGCUGCAGAAGAUGGCCGACCUGCGGCAGCUGGUGACGGAGCACGCCCAGCUGGUGCAGAAGAUCAAGAAGACAGAGACAGAGACAUCUCUGCACCCACUUCUGCAGGAGAUCUACAAGGACAUGUACUAAGGACCUGUUAUUUAUGAGAAUGAAGCCAUGGAUUCCCAUCAAGACUCUUUGUACAGAAGCAAAACCUUUCCCCAUGUCUUCCAUUUCUUCUACUGGAAACUCUUUUCUACGUGACCCUGAUGUACGGUACAUAGGGCAAGAUGCCGUAAGAUUUUGCAGCCACCACCUGCUAAGCCAGGGCUUCCGUUAACACACACUAACAAAUUUACAAAGGCGAAUCAUAAGCUACUGUUUCCGUUACUACGGCCAAGCUCUUCAGCUGCUCCCCAGGGCCUCUGGAGCAGCCGGCCAGUUUACGUGGCCCGGACGGUGGCAUUCCUGCGGCAGCUUGGGAACGGUGGGGGAUGCUCGGGUCGUUAGGAGACCUGAGCGUGGUGCGGGUAUCCGGCGGAGCCAGCAACAGCACUUACAGCGUGUCUUUAUUUUCUUUUUUGUAUUGCACUCCGAAGACGUAGUCCUGGGCUGUGAAGUCUACGACAGUGUAACGAAAGGAAGUUUCUCUCUUUCCCAAAGAAAAGCCAGAGAAUUUGAAGACAGUUAAGGCUGUCCUCGCUCAGCUGCAGCCCUGCUUUGCUGUGCAGCGUAUUUCUGUCUCCCAGAGGGAUUGUGUGAUCUCUGCCUUCCCCUGAGUGCCACGUGGGAGCACUUGCUCCUGUUACCCCGUUUCAGAGGGGGCCUGCUCCUCUGCACCUCAGU